AUGAAGACGCAUUCAAAGGAAAAGAUUCAACUUGUUAAUGAAUUACAUAAGCCUAUGAUAAAAAACUAUGCUCGCAGACGAACGAUUAUCAAGGGGCUUGAUGACCUGUGGCAAAUGGACUUGGCUGAUAUGCGUCAGUACGCCCACUACAACAAAAAUUUUAAAAUGAUUAUGGUCGUCAUAGACUCUUUCUCAAAGUUCCUGUGGACUAGACCUUUAAAAACAAAGACUGGUGAAGAGAUAACCACUGUCUUUGAUGACAUUUUAGCUCACAGCAAAGGUAGAAUCUGUAUAAAUCUACAAACGGAUCAGGGCACGGAAUUCUUCAACCAAAAAUUCCAGCACUUCCUCAAGAAGCAUGAUAUUAAUCAUUACAAUACGUUCAGCGUGAAAAAAGCCACCAUUGCCGAAAAUAAGAACUUUGAAAUCAAAGCUGUACAAUUACUUUAG